GCAAGGAACUUGAGGAUAGAAGUACAGUAGGAUUUGAAAUGGCAACGAAAGUUUUGGAUCUAGUGUACUGGAGGAAUGUAGGGAAAACAGGGGUGGUGUUCACCGGGCUGGUGGUUGGCCUGGCCAGUCUGUUCCAGCUCAGCGCCAUCACAGUGAUCUCCCACCUCUGUCUGGGUAUUAUGUGUGUCACCUUCCCCCUCCGCCUCUACUAUAAGCUCCUGGAACUGCUACGCUGGAAUCCCGGUGUGCACCCUUUCCAGUCCUACCUGGAUGAAGAUGGUUCUCUGACAGAUAAAGAGACAGUGAUGUUGGUAGAGGAGGUCGUGCUAUUGAUUGCCUUUGCCGUCACAGAGAUUAAGCGCCUGCUCUUCAUGGACAAUAUCAUUGAGUCUAUAAAGUUUGUUGCGCUCCUGUAUUUGUUGACCUAUGUGGGGUUCCUUGCCAAUGGACUGACCCUGGUGAUCGUUGGUGUGAUCCUCAUUUUCUCACUUCCUCUAUUGUACAAAAAGCAGCAGGUACGGAUAAGGAAGUUAGUUAGAGCGGUGAGAACUUUCAUCAGGAGAAUCAGAAACAUAUUUGUUAGCAUUUGCAACAUGGUCACACCCUCUUCGGUCCCUCCAUCCACCCAGACACCUGCACCCGCCCCAAAACAGAAAGGGAAGUCUAAGUAAUGAACUGGGUGUGUAUACAUGUAUGGUGACGUGUUAACCCUCACACAAAAGGCCCCAAGAAAAGGAGUUGGAAAUGUUCAGAAUGAAAAGCUGGAGAGAGAGACAGUUGUUUUCCAUUUCUGUAAGACGUUUGCUUACGGUUGCAAGAUGCAGACUGCUUCCCAGAGAGAAAACACGCCUGCUCUCUUGGACUCAAUGUUGUCAUGCACUCCGAGGAGAGGGAGAGCAAUUAUUAUGCAGAUAGGAGUUUUAUUUAUUCAAAUGUUCUCUGUGCAGUUUGUCAAAGGGCAAUUUUCGAUGUCAUUGGUUUUUAUACCAUCCAUCCAUCCAUUAUCCAUGCCACUUAUCCCAAUCGGGGUCACGGGAUGCUGGAGCCUAUCCCAUUAUCCGGUCCUAAUGGGGGCUGAGGUGCUGCAGCAGUGAAGAUGCAAUACAAAGCCCAUUUUACACCAGCCAGUUCAGCGAAGAACAGCUUCGCGUAGUUAGCCGAUGUUUUAUGUCUCCUGCUUAUUUGUAGUAUAUUGUUCAAAGCAGCUCAAGAAGCUCAUGAGCAUAAGAACAUAUUAAACUUUCCUUUUUUCAUAUUACUGACUACACUGUCCUCUGCACUUAAAUGGCAGUUUCAGCUGUCAGAGCACCUAUUAGGCUAUAGCUAAUAGCCUCGUGUUCUCAGGCUCGCUUGUUAUCUGGAAGCUAUCAAUGCUAGCCUCACCUACAACAACCGAACAAGAACAAGAUGCUCAUUUUUUUUAGUAUGCACUUGGGACCUGUACCCACCUGCAACAUAACUGCCUUAAAUGUGAAUGUUUGGGGUGUAAUCUGUUUUUAGAGUGCUUCACUGGUUUUAGUCUGACAUAGCUGGCUGAAUUCUUAGCUCUUAUUUGCCUCUGCUCUGCUUCGAUCACUGUGAGUUAAUCAAACGUGUGCUGCAAUCGGAUCUCCAAAAAUAAAACUUCUA